AUGCAAGACCAAUUUUGCCGUUAUGUUCUGGUCGCAAUAACUCUCAAACUCGAGCGUAGGCCUGCUCUGCGUCCUAUCGUCCCCACGUAUCCACACGCCGACAUGGGAAAAAAAGUCGCCAAGUCUGCUAGGAAGUUCGCCGCCAGCGGCCAGCUCCAGAAGACCAUCCAAGCACGGCGCAAACACCGCGACGUGAAGAAGAAGGCGGAGCGGAGAAAGCAAAGCAAGGGGAGGGGAAAGCAGGCCGCGGCUCACGUCGGAGAAGGCGGUGACGACAGCGAUGACGAGGAGAUUGAGGAGCCAAAAACCAAAAAGUCAAAGGGGAUGUCGGUAGACGACUUCCUCGGCGGUGCGUUCAUGGAAGACGAUGCCGGAGACGAGGCCGAGGAUGAGGAUGACGAGGGCUCGGAGGACGAAGAAGGCGGGCUGGAGGAGGACGACGACCAAUCGUUCGCGUCUGUCGAUGAUUUAGACGACGGCGAAGCGCAUCUGCUUGAGCUCUCCAAGCUGGCCGAGAAAGACCCGGAGUUUUACAAGUACCUGCAGGAAAACGACCGAGAACUGCUGGAAUUCGAUCCGAACGAUGAGGCGGAGGACGAGGACAUGGAGGACGGCGAAGCUGCAGGGGAGGACAAAACGCCCGUGCUCACGAAAGCAAUCCUCCAGAGAUGGCAGAAGGCGCUGCUGGAGCACAGGUCUCUGCGCGCGCUCCGCAAGCUCCUUAUUGCGUUCCGCUCGGCGGUUCAUAUGAACGAGGAGGAUCAAGUGCUAGCGUGGAUUAUUGAUAAUUCCUCAGUAUACAACAAGCUACUGACGACGACCCUAAAAUACACGCCCGUCGUCCUCGAACACCACUGUCCCUACAAGACACAAUCCAACGGAAAAUUCAAGGCCCCUGUACAGACGCCCAAGUGGAAGACGUUGCAAAAGCUGAUCUUGUCGUAUUUCCACAAUGUCAUGCAUCUCCUCACUCAGCUGUCUGACACCGACAUGCUUCGACUCGCGCUCGGCGAGAGCGCGAAGUUGGUCCCAUAUAUCACUAGCAGUCGGAAGGCGGUGAAGGUGUAUUUAAAGACUUGCCUAGAUUUGUGGUCGAGCGCAGAGGACAGCGUACGGAUUUCCGCGUUUCUGGCCGUCCGGAGGCUCGCACAGGCCACGGACGAGUCGAUCAUGGACAUGGUGCUCAAGAAUACCUACCUUACGCUCGUGCGGUCGUGUAAAUCCACAACUGCACACACACUGCCGUCCAUCACGCUCAUGAAGAACUCUGCGUCGGAAAUCUACAGCAUGGACCAGGCGGCGGCGUACCAGCAUGCCUUUGGCUACAUCCGGCAGCUGGCAAUCCACCUGCGCAACAGCAUGAAGACGAAGACCAAGGACGCGUACAAGCAGGUGUACAACUGGCAAUACGCGCACUCUGUCGACUUUUGGGCUCUCGUGCUGGCCAGAGCGUGCGACAGGCAAGCGUCGGCGGCGCGGGGCGGCGAAGAGAGCGAGCUGCAGCCGCUCGUGUACCCCCUCGUGCAGGUGUCGCUCGGAGCAAUCAAGUACGCCGCCGCACCGCUACCUGCCCAACGCGACCGCUGA